UUCACAAAUAUCAAAGAGUCAAAGAUUGCACUUGAGAUUUAAUAGGUUCGUCGCUUUCGAUCUGCAAAUGUAACAAUUUUAAAGAACCGAGAAAUCAAUCGACGUUGAUAUUUUGAUGGCUGGAUAAAGAGUAGCCUUGCUUCUAUAAACUGACACAAAGAAGUUUGAAGUGAAAUAUGGGCAAGGCAAAAUAUAAGAAGUUUUUUCUGUUUGGAUUUAACGUAACAUUCAUGGUAAUUGGUGGCUUUCUCAUAGCGACCGGUGUUUAUGCUAACGUUGAGAAAUCAGAAUAUUACAGAAACUAUAAGGAUUUCUAUGAUUUUAUCAGUGACCCAUCAAUAGCUGUCAUAAUCUGUGGCUCAAUUAUUCUUUUUGUGUCCAUGUUUGGAAUGAUAGGAGCAUUGAGGGAUAAUAUCAAAUUUUUACAUGUUUACUUAUUUUUUGUUGUAUUCAUUUUUACUUUUCAAAUUGUAAUUGGAGUCAUCGGAUUUAUUUUUUGGUCUGAGAUUAAGGAUUCGGUUAAUACGGCAUUUCUCUUGGCAAUUAUAAAAUACAGAAGGGAUCCUGAUCUAAAGAAUGCUGUGGAUGGUUUUCAGUUAAAUUUUGAAUGUUGUGGCAGUACAACAAUUAAUGAUUGGGAUCAAAAUCCAUACUUUCGUUGUGGUGCGAAAACACCAGAGGCAUGUGGUGUACCUGUGUCUUGUUGUAAGAUAAAAGAAAAGAUUUCGAAGGUAAAGACACAGCAAGUGUCAAGCAAUGUCACUGGUCCAAACUUUGAAAACUUCAAAUGGACUGACAUAAAUCUUCAAUGUGGAUACAAAACACGUCAGCAUCAUCGUCUCACAUAUCGUAAUGAAAUUCAUACUCGUGGUUGUCUCGAUGCUCUUGUCUUGUGGUUAUAUGAUAAUAUGUUAGUGAUAUUUGGAGUGGUAGUUGCAUCUGUUUUACCAGAGAUCUUUGGAGCUUGUCUUACUUUCUUUUAUAUUGCUCAUAUCAAACGAGCAAGACAAGAAUGGGUUGAUGGAAAUCGUCGGUCGCAUCUUUUUGAGAAAGAAGCCAUGACAAAUUUUUAAGUCUGCUUUGAUCAGGACAUGAAUCUGCUCACAUAUAUAUACAAAGCCAAUAUAUUAGGGAUGAAAACAUGUUUCAAUGGGAUUGUUAUGUAUAAACUACCAUAUAUGUGUACUAUCUAUAUAUAUAUUAAAAUAUACCAUACCAGUGUAUAUGUCAAAAUUAUUAUUUUUAUAUUGUUAAAUAUUUAACUCUCCAGUCUAUAUUCUCUUGAUUUUUUAAUAUUCAGUUGAGUGAACUUAAUUCAUACAUAAACUGCUAUCAUGACUAGUUUAUCAAUGGCAUAAAUGUAUUAUUAAAUAAUUUUGUACAAAGGUUUCCCUGCAACUCAUUGUUAAAUUGCUUUACUUGCAUCAAGUGAUCCUCCUAAAUACUACUAUAUGCUAUAUGGUAUACCAUGGCCACCCAUGGCUACCACAUGCCAUAACAUCAUGCUACCACCUGCUAUACCGUACCAUCACCUGCUAUACAACGAAACCACAUGCUACUCGUGUUUUGUACUGUAUCAUACAAGAAGUCGUUUCUAUAUCGAAAAACUUUGUGAAAAACACUGCAUUUUCUUGGGAAUACUCAAACGGACAUCCAUCAAAAGGAGGAGCACUUGGAAACCGUUUCCGAAGAUAAUUUUCCGACUGACAAAAUUCAUCCUUCAUGUGUAAAGUAAUACGAACAUGUUGUUUUUGCCAUGAAUAGCAAAGAAUCUGAAUGUUGAAAUUAAUCACUGCAAAUGUUUGGUGUUGGGGAAGACGCGCAAUUUAAGAAAUUUUACAUGAUCUAAAGAUGGAAAUGUUCUUGAAAUAGACUCGCAAAGAUCUUCUAUUGUAUGUCGUAUACAACUGUUGCUAUUUGUACCACAUACAAUUUAACAGUCGAGUAGUUACUAAAUAUGCAACUGUUUGGGCUCUCUACGACAUUUUCCGGCCUGUCAUCGAUGACACUAGAAUUAUGCUAUAAUUAACUUAUUCCAUUUGGUUGAUUACUAACAAAGACCGAAAAUUCCAGACGUCAGCAAAACAAGAUACAUAAAUAGAGAGCUUGAAAGCCUUCAGUCAUAAGUUUGAAAGAGUCGUUAGGCACUUGACGAAACAGAGUAUCGGCACUCAACUCAAGUUUUUAAGAAAAAAAGUGAGAGAAGCUUCCUGAGAGAAACUCUUGAAAAGAUGAAGAAUAUCAAAAUGUUUGUGGCUUUCCUUCUUGUUUGUACAAUUCUCAUGUCCUGCUUUGAAGAAGGAGAAGCAAUUGGUUUUAUCAUUGAGAUAGGACGUCCAAAGAAGAGCAGGUCAAAAAGUAAAGGAAAAAACAGUUCUAGAAAAACCAAGCGCACCAAAAGGCAGUUAAAACAUCAAAUGAAAAGUAUAAUGAGAAAUUUGAAGAAGAUUAAAAAGAGAGAACUUAAACUUAGGCGAAUGCUUUUCUCGAACAUGCAAUGAAAAUUUGACAUGUAAAAAAGACCAAGACGUAGUGGGUAAUCUUAACAUGGAUUGAUCAUGGCGAGGUGAUUAAAUGGAGAGAAAGAGAAGAAUGAAUCACACAAUUCCCUCCAAAAACUAUGAUCACGAACAAAGAUUGAAAUAUUUUAUUGUUGAAAAGUACAUUUUAUUUAAAUUACUGAAAUGUGUUUAUUUAUUGUCGAAAUAUAAUAUAUUGAAAUUUGUACUAAAUAUUAAAGUAUUUUGUGUCGUUAAGUUUGUAAAGCGAGUCAGGUUUGUGCAGUUUUCUAUGAACACGUAACACUAAAUAAACAAUGUAUAUUUUCAGAGUUAUAACUCUUA